UAUAUUGUUCCAGCAUUUAACUGUAAGAAAUAUGUCGCGUGUGAGUAAAUUAGUUAAAAUGGGUAUCUAGACAUCGAUAGUAACUGUACGAACAUGGUAUCUACACAAUAAUCCUGAUGAUCUUUGGCAUGUUUUGUUUUGAUGAUAUUUGAGAGGCGCUUCAAAUAGAUGGGUGUCGCAGGAGAGAGAGAUUGAAAAUAUGUUUCGUUCACCUUCUGUUGACAAACAAGCUGAUUUGACUGGGAUAUCACUUGAUGGCGAUCUUGAAAACUAUCAGAAAUCUUGUGGAAGCUCAGCGCUCCAGUUUGACAGUCAGUGCCCAUCUGAGAAACAUAUACGGGUUCUGAAAAAAUAUUUUGGCCAUCCAAAAUUCAGACCAUUGCAAUGGGAGAUAAUUUAUACAGUUUUAGAGAAAAAGAGAGAUUGCUGUGCUGUGAUGGCUACAGGAUAUGGUAAAAGUUUACUUUACCAGUAUCCUCCAGUGUACAGCCAAGGACUUUCACUUGUUAUUACACCGCUCAUAUCACUUAUGGAAGAUCAAACAUGUGCGUUGCAGGUGCUAAAUAUCCCAGCAACAUUCUUAGGAUCUGCUCAGAAACAAUCAGGGCAAGUUAUAUCAGCAAUGUUGGCAGGGAAGUAUAGAGUUGUUUAUUUAACACCUGAAUUUUGUUCAGGCGACCUUGGACAGCAAGUUCUGAAGGACCUAUCUGAGUCUGGCAUGUUGACACUUGUUGCAGUCGAUGAAGCUCAUUGUAUAAGUCACUGGGGACAUGACUUCCGUAGCAGUUACAGAUGCUUAGGAAAAAUCCGGGAGCUGUUAUCAAAGGUUCCAUUUCUUGCAGUAACAGCGACUGCAACUCCAACAGUAUUUGAUGACAUCUGUAGAUCACUGAAACUCAGGAAGCCACAUUGUGUAAAAUCUAGCUUUGACAGGCCAAAUUUAAUGUUUUCAGCUUCACAGAAGUCUGUUAACAUAAUGGAUGACUUUUCUCGCUUCAUUGAACGUAAAGGAAAGGAAGUUUCUUUUAAUGGCCCAACAAUCAUUUACUGUCCGACUAAGAAAAUGACAGAGAAAGUGGGAGAAACUCUAAUUGCUGAAGGUGUAAGUUGUGGAGUGUACCAUGCAGGCUUAUCAUUGGAGACAAGGAAACGGAUUCACACAGAUUUCAUUAAUGAUAAGUUGCAAGCUGUUAUAGCUACUGUGGCAUUUGGUAUGGGGAUCAACAAACCUGAUGUCAGAAAUGUAAUUCAUUAUGGUGCUCCUAAGGACAUAGAGUCAUUUUACCAGGAAGUGGGACGUGCUGGGAGAGACGGAGAACCAUCGAAAUGCCACUGCUUUUUUCAGAACUCAGACUUCCAGCUUAACCGGUCUCUCUUAAUGGGCAUCAGUGGGGAGAACCAGAAACAUCGACUCCACAUGGCACAGGAAAUGGAGAGGUACUUGUACUCUACAGACUGUAGACGAAAGCUGCUCCUUUCACAUUUCCAAGAUGACUCAUCUGAAGCAUUAAGCAUUGAUUCUAGUGUGUGCUGUGAUAACUGCAUUCGCAGGAAAAUACCAGGCAACAAUGAUCAGUACGAUGGCCUUGAGACAGAUGGCACUAUAGAAGUGGCCAAAGAGGCACAUUUGUUAAUGGGAGCAGUGGAGGCCAUGUCAGGCAGAUUUGGCCUUGCAAAAUACAUAUUGAUGUUGCGUGGAUCAACAUCUUCCAAACUCCCUCCUGCUGCUGUGAAACAUAAGUUGAAUGGCUGUGGAAAACACAAGCCUGAUGCUUGGUGGAGAGCAUUAGGCCGAACACUCAUCCAGGAAGGAUAUCUUGUUGAGGAUGGAAGUUCCUUCAUGCGUCAUGGAAUGAAACAUGUUGGGUUUCCAAUGACAACUGUUAGGCUUUCAAAACUUGGGGAGUCUUUUCUCAGAAAGUUCGCUGCGGCUCCUGAUGCUACAACACUACGAUUAACAGCAUCCCAAGAAAUUCUUGCGUUAAUGAAGAAGAAACCACAGAUAGUUCUGUCAUCAGCUGGUUGGCAUGAUACUGAAGACCAAACAGUUGAAGGAAGCAGCCAGCUGCCAAAUGUUACUCAGAAUGACUUGGAGCAAGAAACAAUAGGUCUUUUGCAUCGUGAGCUGCUGUCACUACGAAAUUAUCUGGCUUACGAAAAUGGUUGUGCACCAUACAUGAUUGCAAGUAACCUGAUGCUGCUCAAUGUUGCCAGAGUCCGACCUAGCUCUACAGCUCAGUUAUCACGGGUGGAAGGUUUCACAGGAGCUAAAGUAGAGAAAUUUGGUCCAGCUAUUGUUCUGAAGGUAACAAAAUUUUGCCAACAGCAUGGUGUCCCUCAAGAUAUUGUGACAACUCAAGAUCUUAUUGAAAAAAUUUCACAGACUGCAAAUGUAACGUACAGUCUGUUUCGUCAGGGAAAAAGUCCUGAUCGUAUAGCUUCAGAGAGGCAAAUCCAGCUAUCAACAGUAAUCAGUCAUCUCGCAGAGGCAAUUCGCUCAGGCUUGCCUGUGGACCAUAAACAACUUGGUGUUAAUGACGACAUGCUAGAAAUGGUGCUUAAUGUUGUUCGGUCUCCUGCAUUAGGUUCAGAUAUAUCAAGACUCCGUCCAAUCAAAGAAAAUUGUCCAACUGAAAUUUCUUGGGAACACCUUAAAAUAGCUGUUGCUGUUUUGACCCAGAAAUAUGGAACUACAAAAGGUGGCAGCUUUCUUAUGAUGUUGGAAGAAUUUAAACGGACCACAGACAUACAGUAUGAGUAUCAGGUUAAAAAGUUUCAGGUUUCGCCUCCACAUGAUGAGGAUGAUGGCAAAUGGUUUUGUGCAAAGCCAUCAGCAUCACAGGAUUCCAGUGGAUGGGAAGAUGGUGAUGAACUACUUUUUGAUGUUGAUGAUUUAGAACAUUUAGAAAAAGUUGAAAAACUAUCAUGCAAAUCAGGAAGUGCAUUUGAAGCGACAUUUAAAGGUUAUUCUCCUCAACAUGAAAUUUCUACUGCUGCAGAUAGUGGUAGCUUCAAUGAUGGUAGCAUAAAACAUAAGGGUGCAAGGCAUGAAGAAAUGUGUGAAAAUGAAAGUGACAGCUAUAACAAAGACAGGAUUAUUACUGUAGACGAAAAUGAGUGUCCAAAGGAAAGUGAAAUAAGUGCAAUAGAACAGUCAUCUGUAACAAGUGACAAUCCUCCUAACAGCAGUCAAAGUAACCAGGAGUCAAGUGAACAUCAGGAACUUCAUAACAGUGAAAGCACAGUGCAGGGCACCAAGAAACGUGUUCCUGAUUGGCUUUCGCAAGAGAUGAAACAAGAAGUCAAGACGAAAAUGAAAAAAUCCUCAUUAUUUAAACUAUAAUUAUUUAUUUAGUGAAAUAGUUCAGGCAACAAUUAUAUAUUUUUUAAUUGUUCAUUGCAUUUUUGUCUACAAUUAAAUUUUUUAAUCAUCUUUAAA